CUGUCCUGAUCCCUUUUGGCUGUGGCUGUUGCCCUCACCCCACCCUGCUGCCUCCUGCACCCAGUCCUGAUCCUGAGCUGCCCCCGUGCACUGUAGCUGAUCCUGGAUGAGAGAAGAAUGUCAGGAUUUCUCCUUUGCAGGACUACUUCUGGGGCAACGUUCCUGUCCAGUGCACGUGUUCCUGGGGGCCCUGAGCAGCCUCUCUUCCUGUCUGGCCUGCCUCUUGCCAUUCCUUAUGCAUCUUGGCCUUGGGCUGCGCAGAGGGACCUUGGGCCCCCAGGAUGCCAAACCCCUCCUGCUGUUCUCUGUGCCUCUGCCCUUGCCCGCUGAUCACCUGCCUGUCAAUGGGGGCCCUGGGCCAGCUUCUCCCCCUGCGGUUCCUCCUGGGCAAAUCUCCUUCUCUGGAGGGGGUGCUCCAGGAGGGCAGGGCUGGCCCUUUGAUGGUGAAUGGAACCAGCGUCAGGAGAGGAUGUGGUGAGUCCCCAGGUAUGGCGGAGCUGCUUUUGGGCCGGCACAGUCAGAAGGGCUUGUUUCCUGCCCUAGAAGGAGUGGGAACCUGGAGCUCUCUCGCUGCCCUGCCUGGAGAAGUCAGAGGCAAGAACAUGAGCUGGCUGCACGCAAGCGAGAACUGCUCCUUCAAUGACGUGGACAAGCUGAUGAAGACCCUGCAGCUGGUGGUCCACGUCCCCACCUUCCUCCUGGGCCUGCUCCUCAACCUGCUGGCCAUCCGCGGCUUCAGCACCUUCCUGAAGAAGAGGUGGCCAGACUACAGGGCCACCUCCAUCUACAUGAUCAACCUGGCCAUCUUUGACCUGCUGCUGGUGCUCUCGCUCCCCUUCAAGUUGGUCCUGUCGGACGUGCACCUGCCCUCCUCGGCCUCCUGCACGCUGGUGGAAUGCCUCUACUUUGUCAGCAUGUAUGGAAGCGUCUUCACCAUCUGCUUCAUCAGCCUGGACAGGUUCCUGGCCAUCCAGUACCCGCUCCUGGUCAGCCACCUCCGGUCCCCCAGGAAGACGUUUGGGAUCUGCUGCGCCAUCUGGGUCCUGGUGUGGACCGGGAGCAUCCCCAUCUACAACUUCCAUGGGAAAGUGGAUAAGUUCACGUGUUUCCACAACAUGUCGGAUGGUACCUGGAGUGCCAGGGUCUUCUUUCCCCUCGAGGUGUUCGGCUUCCUCCUUCCCAUGGUCAUCAUGUGUUUCUGCUCCUCCAGGAGCAUCCACAUUCUGCUCGCUCGCAGGGGCCACACCCAGGACUGGGUCCAGCAGAGAGCCUGCAUCUGGACCAUCGCGGCCAGCCUGGCAGUCUUUGUGGUCUCCUUCCUCCCAGUCCACCUGAGCUUCUUCCUGCAGUUCCUGGUGAGGAAUGGCUUCAUCACGGAGUGCAGAGCCAAGCAGAGGAUCAGCUUGUUCUUGCAACUGUCCAUGUGUUUCUCCAACGUCAACUGCUGCCUUGACGUUUUCUGUUACUAUUUUGUCAUCAAAGAAUUCCGCGCGAACAUCAUGGCCCACCGGCCUUCUAGGGUCCAGCUGGUCCGCCAGGACACCAUGAUUACCAGGGGCUAAGGGAAGGCAACCUAGCUCUAAGGAAAGAAAUCCCAGUGCCUAAUUCUUGUAAGGGACAUCCCUUUCCAAUUGGUGUGCUUCCCCUUUGAUGCUCAUUGGAUACCUUAUUUGCUUUUCAUACCCCCCAAUGUCCAGAUGGCUUGAUGGACAUCACCCCAUAUGAUGAAGAACCUAAGCACUAGGUGAAUUUUUCAUUCUACGAUCAAAUAGCAUGAGGCAGAAGAAUUGAACAGAAUGCAUCUGAAAAAAAAAAAAAAAACUUUUUCUCAACUCUCUCAUUCUUCUAUUCAACUAGAAGAUUCUAGAAGGGAAGAAAGAAGAGGCAAGAGGAGUUAGGGAGGCAAUGAAGGGCGAUGGUGGAAGGUGACUUGAGCAGAGAGGGAGUAGUAGGGAGCAUCAAGCCCUUUUCGGUCGGAGGACCCGCAGUGGAGCGUACUCGCACUUUCCAGUCCCUUCGGGAACGCUGCUGGCCCUGACCACAGGGAUGAUGAUAGCAGGGGAGACUGGGCUGGGCAGGUGUGGUGCAUAGCACUGCUUCCUCAGGCCUUAGGAGAGCACAGGAGGCCAGCCAGACCUCCCUGUGCCCAGGAGAAGGCUGCAGAGGACCAGGGGCUGCUGAGCCAGGUCAGGAGGAAGUGGUGGGCACCUCUGGAGACAGUGAGGACAAAGUGGAAAAGCAUCAGUGAGACCUGAAAACCCCAAGGGGACAGAAUACACUUGGGGAAGGGAGGAGACAGGCCCCGGGCUGUAAGUGGACAGCCCCUCUCCCAUGGCCACUGGGGUGUCCACCACAGGGAGUGUUAGCACUCUUCUAGGGCGAAGAGACGGAGAGAGCCAUGAACGUAACAAGCUUUCUGUCUCCGAUGGAAACAUGGGGAGUUGUUCAUCAGGCCUUGUUUCCUUAGACUGGGAGAAAGGUCAGACUCAGCCGGUUCAGCCACAGCAGAAUGAGGAGGCAUUUGUCUUGCUCACCUGGGUCUUGGCUGGGUGGCAGGACUGUCCAGAGAGCUGUCCCCUCUGUUGGCUGGAAGGAACAAAGUGAAUGAGGCAGGGAUGGGGACCCAUCUCCGCCCACAGGCACAAGGACCAGGCCUGGAGAGGGACAGCAAGGGCCCUGCUGGCAGUUCCUGGGGGUGACUGGAAACAACUGAACCACGUCUAGAUCCCUCUGUCUGCUUCUCCAAGGCUCUGGAGGAGCACACAGUGACAGCUGAGCGCCUUCCGAUGACUCAGCUGUUCCAGGGAGUGAAAUGAUUAGAAGGAUAAAUUGUGGGGUGGUUUUGCAAGACGGAAGGAGUGGGAUGAGAAGAAAUCCAUGAGACUUAGUGUGAACAAGGAGUCGGUCUUAGGGAGGAGAGAAGCAGCCACGGCCAACAUGGAGGAUGCAGGAUGGUGGCUUUGGCUGCCAAGAGGGGGUGGAGGGCCUGGGAGAGGGUGGCCCUAUGGAAGGGGGAUGGGAGAUGAGGGUGACUUGGGUAAACCUGGGACCUGCCUACUGAGGAGGAGGAAGCCGAGGAGGCAGAGGAGGAGGC